UUCAUUCCCUACGACACUUAUUUGUAGUUCGUACGUGGAUCAUUGGGAAAUAUAUGGAACAAUCCCGGGGAUAUAGCCCCAUACAAUUUUGCUAAAUCGGUCAAAGACCAGUUAUGACUAGAAGUAAGCCUAUCAGGAACAGAAGUUAAACAAUAGGUGAGAGACAGACGCAGGCGUUGCAAUGGCCCACAGGAUGUCUUCUUCUUCAGAAAAGCCAUGGAGGCGUAGAACGUAUAUAAUGUCACAGAACUCCAGCUCAUCGAUGGGUAUCCCGAUAAGUAGUUUCACGCAAAUAUCUAGGUCAACUGCUUCUUCGUCUCUGGGGUAUGAGUCUUUCCGUCAGACUAACCUAACUGUGGAUUACACGAUGGAAGCAUGUUUUCAGCUCAUCAAAGAACUGGCCAAGGAGGUGAAGGAUAUCAGUAAGCAUGCUCAGAAGAGAGAGGUGAAAGAAGAGUUAACUGCAUCACUUAGCUUAGACAGCAGUAGGAGUCUCAUUCUGAAGUGGUCCAAGGAGCUGAACCAACUAACCCGGCAUGCCCGGAAAAGAAAAUUGGAAAAAGCUGUCACUCCACCACCUAACAGCCUAGAGAGCAGCAGGAGUCUCAUCCUAAAUUUAUCCAAGGAGUUGAACCAACUUGAACCAUUCCAGAAGCGAGCCAUGGAUACAGAGGAUGAAAGUUUGGAUGAUUUGAGAGGCACAUGGGAAGAUAGAUGUUUGGAGAAGAAGAUCCUGGACUGGGCAAUAGAGAAUGUCUCAAAGGUGAAUUGUCUGUCAGAUGAAGACAUUGAAAGUCUCCUGCGUCCUAGUGGGAAGGAGUCAAGGCUGGCCAGUGCUCUGCCAUUGUUGGAGUUUGUGGCUUGGUCUCUGCUAACACAUGACGCUGAGGAGGACAUAUCAGUGCUGUGGUUAACGUCCAAACAGAGGGCAUGCAAGACUGGAAACUCCAUAUAUAUCCCCAAUUCAGCAUGGCAAUGGAUUCUCAGUGUUUCAGUCCCUAUCCGCCUGGACCCCAACACUAGCCACCCUUUGCUGGCUUUCUCAGAUGACAAGCUUGAGGUAUCGAGAGGGAGCCAGAGGCCCAAUGUCAUAGACCACCCCUGUCGUUUUAACUCAUGGCACUGCGUGCUUGGUGACAGAUUCUUCACYUCAGGGCAUCACUACUGGGAGGUGGAAGCAACCCCCACAGGGAGCUGGAGAUUAGGACUAACCACUGUAACUUCCUCCAGGAGGAAUCGGUUUGAGAUAACCCCAGCAAAGGGCUACUGGACACUCUGGGGUUAUUGGACCCAGAGUGGGUCCCGGCAGCUCUUUGCCUGCAAUGACCAAUUAAUCAAGCUUCCAAGUGUUAACCGGGUGGGCAUCUAUCUGGAUUACGAAGAGGGACAGUUGUMUUUCUAUGAUGUAGAGAAGAGGUCUCACAUCUACACCUUCUCUGAUACCUUUAAGGGGGGGGUCAUUCCUGUGUUUGCCUGUCUGGAUGCCUACACAAAGCUCAAAAUUGUGACACCGAAGAGAUUUCAGCCACAUUAGAGACACACAUUAGUACUCCACUAGAUGAAACUCCAUGGGUAAAACCAUAUAGUGUAUAGUGUUGAGUCAUCCGCAGACAUAGACACACUGGCUUUACAUAGACACACAAGGCCAAUGRUAGGUCAUUAGUAAAGAUUGAAAAAAAGUAAGGGCUGAGUUUGCCUUUUUGCCCAAAAUGUAAUUUAAGGUGCU